AUGGUCCGCACGAAGUUGAGUCUGUUGGUGACACUUGCCAUCUGCCUAUGUGUGAAUGCCAAAUUUCCUGAUGAUCCGAAACCUUGUAAAUAUGGCGACACCGAUUGCAUUGCCAAAGGUUUGGAAUAUUUCCUACAUGAAAAAAACCAGGGCGAUGGAUCCAUAAAUCUCAUUGCCAUUGAUCCUUUGGUCAUUAAGGAAAUCAGCAUUAAACAAGGAGCCGAAAGUCCUGUCAAUAUCGAUUUGCAAUUUAUCAACAAUAAAUUGACCGGCUUGAAAAAUGCCAAAGUGGUGAAAGUUAAGGGCUUUGGCAAGGACCUGGCUGGAAAACAUGAAAUCCAUCUAAUGGCACCUGAAAUUGAAUUGGCCGGCAACUACAAAGUAGAUGGUCGUAUUUUGGUAUUGCCCAUUACUGGAACUGGUACCAAUAGCAUUAAGUUGAUCAACGUCACUCUCAAAAUGCAAUUUGUCGGUGUGCCCAUGGAAAAAGAUGGCAAAACCUAUUUGAAAGUUGAAAAAUUCCGCAUGGACUUGGACCCAAAGGGCAUACAUUUCAAAAUCGAUAAUUUAUUCAAUGGUGACAAAACCCUGGGAGAUAACAUGAAUUUGUUCCUGAAUGAAAAUUGGGAAGAUAUUUAUCGCGAAUUGAGAGGUUCCAUUACAUCGGCCUUUGGCAAGGUUUUCCAAACAGUCAUUGGUCAUGUUUUUACCAAAUAUCCAUAUGAUAUGUAUUUGGUCGAAUAG